AUGUGUACUAAAAUUAUCACGCUAAAUCACGAAGAUAGAAUAGCUGAAGAGUAUUAUGGUUUUGCAUAUGAAUAUUUUAGUAAAUGUAAUUCUACAACUGUAGAAAAACUAAAACAUAGACCUAAGCAAGAUGGAAUUAUGCAGGAUUGUACAGAAAAACUACGCUCAGGCAACGGUUAUGUUGGUGGUGAUUCUAAUAAUACGCCAUGUUUGGUUCAAGGUUUAAUUCGUUCAGGUCGCACUCAAGAAGUUAAAACAAAAAUGUUACAUGAAUUAAGUUCAUUGGUAGCUAAAAUUACGGAGUUAGAUGAGAAACGCGUAACAGUUGAUUUCCUAGAAGGAUAG